CGAUCACCAGCUGCGGUCACAUUGUUGCCGCCAAAAGUGCCCGUGCAGAUCUUUUUUUGCAUUUGUUUAAAAAAAAACAACAUUUAAACUAAAAUCAAUUGUUAAGCUGAAUUUGCCGGCUUGCCCGCACAACCGACAACUGUGCGUACGUGUCGUGUAUACGAAAAUGAGCAGUGAUAAAGUGAAAAACGGCAACGAGCAUGACUCCGAAGACUCGUGUGGCGAUGAGUCGGCCAGUUUUACCACAAAUAGCACCACAUCGCACAGCAAAUCGCCAACGUCGAGCACGAGGAGCAAACGCCGGGGGCGACGCUCCACCAAAUCAAAGCCAAAAACCGUAGCCGCCUACAAAUACGACACACACGCAAAGGAGAACCAUGGAGCCAGCAUUUUCGGCGUGGCAUUCAACACGCUGCUGGGCAAAGACGAGCCCCAGGUGUUUGCCACAGCGGGCAGCAAUCGGUGCACAGUGUACGAGUGCCCCAGAAAGGGCGGACUGCAGCUGCUGCACUGCUAUGCGGAUCCAGAUCCCGAUGAAGUAUUCUACACAUGCGCCUGGUCCUACGAUCUAAAGAGCUCCGCUCCACUGCUGGCUGCUGCCGGCUAUCGGGGCGUCGUACGCGUCAUAGACAUUGAGCAGAACGAGGCUGUGGGCAACUACGUUGGCCACGGCCAGGCCAUCAAUGAGCUGAAGUUCCAUCCGCAUAAGCUGCAACUGUUGCUCUCGGGCAGCAAGGAUCAUGCCAUACGGCUGUGGAACAUACAAACGCACGUCUGCAUUGCCAUCUUCGGUGGCGUCGAGGCGCAUCGCGAUGAAGUGCUCUCCAUAGACUUCAAUAUGAAAGGCGAUCGCAUCGUUUCCAGUGGCAUGGAUCACUCCCUGAAGCUGUGGUGCCUCGACAGCAAGGACUUUCAGCACAAAGUCGAACUAUCGAACACAUUCAGCCAGGAGAAGUCAACGGUGCCGUUUCCGACAGUGACCAGGCAUUUCCCCGACUUUUCCACGCGCGACAUCCAUCGAAACUACGUGGACUGUGUCCAGUGGUUCGGCAACUUUGUGCUGUCCAAGUCCUGCGAGAAUGCCAUCAUCUGCUGGAAGCCAGGACAGCUGCAUCAAUCGUUUGAGCAGGUCAAGCCCAACGAUUCAUCGUGCACCCUCAUCGCCACGUUCAGCUAUGACGAGUGUGAGAUUUGGUUUGUGCGCUUCGGCUUCAAUCCCUGGCACAAAGUCAUCGCCCUGGGCAAUCAGCAUGGAAAGGUUUAUGUCUGGGAACUGGAUCCCAGCGAUCCGGAAGGCGCACACAUGACGACGCUGCACAAUCAGCGAAGCGUGUCCACGGUGCGGCAGAUAGCCUUCUCCAGAGACGCCAGCAUCCUGGUCUAUGUGUGCGAUGAUGCCACUGUGUGGCGCUGGAAUCGACCUCAGGCUGCUGCCAUUUGAUUAAAAUUAAACCAACAACCAACAAAAAAAAAAAAAAACAACAACCACAACAACCAAAUCUCACGUGGCCAAAACUCACUUACAACAUUUCCUCUUGUCUAGUUCCUAGAUUGUUACAAUUAAAUCAAAUCGUAUGUAAA